ACAUUUGGCUUCAUAACCAACUCAUCCUAACAACAAUGGCCUUUAAGUUCGUUGUCUUCUCCUGCAUCGUGGCUAUUGCCCGUGCCAACGUAUACGUAGGUGCCCCAGCUGCCCCAGUAGUGGCAGCUCCUGCAGUAGCAGCUAGACUGGAAGAAUUCGAUGCUCUCCCCCAAUACAGAUUUGGGUAUAACGUAGCUGAUUCCCUUACUGGCGACUACAAAAGCCAACAGGAACAACGCGAUGGUGAUCUCGUACAAGGGUCAUACUCACUCGUUGACCCAGAUGGCACACGCCGCACUGUUGAUUAUUCCGCUGAUUCAGUCAAUGGAUUCAACGCGGUUGUGCGCAAAGAGCCAUUAGUCGCUGCAGCGCCCGCAGUCGUUGCUGAACCUGCAGUAGUCCCUGCUCGUAUUUCUGCUGCCCCAGUUGCCGCUGCUCCUCUAGUAGCCCCAGUUGCUAGAUACACUGCCGCGUACGCUGCCCCAGCUGCGUAUGCACCAUUCGCAUAUAGUGCUCCCUUCGCGAGAUUAGCAGCAUACCCAGCACCGUUGGCUCCAGUUGCCAGGCUGGCAGCUGCUCCUGUUGUUGCUGCGUAAAAGGCUUAAAUGUUUUGGACUGAUCUUGACUAUGGCUAUUAAAUUUUAUAUUUGAAAAC